GCCAAAACGCAACGCUCCGGUUGUUCAUUUACACGGAAAAACACAAGGUUGACUCAGUGUCGUGUGACUGGAGAGCGAGAGAGGUGUUCAAAAGUUCAGCAUACUAUCUUCAGUACACGCACGUGGCGAGCCAAGUUCCAUAAUGAUGAAACUGUUGACGUUCAUUGCUGGAGUAAGUGUUGUCGCUGCCCUUGACAAUGGCCUAGCUCGCACUCCACCAAUGGGGUGGUUGUCAUGGGAACGCUUUAGAUGCAACCUUGACUGCAAAAAUGACCCGGACAAUUGUAUCAGUGAGAACCUGUACAUGAGAAUGGCGGAUAUCAUAGCGGCGGAGGGAUACAAAGACGCGGGUUACCAGUAUGUGUGUGUAGACGACUGUUGGCUGGCGAAGUCACGUGACAGUAAUGGACGCCUGCAGCCCGACCCUGAUAGAUUCCCGCAUGGCAUGAAGGCAUUGGCUGACUAUGUCCACUCAAAAGGCCUGAAGUUCGGAAUCUAUGAGGAUGUCGGAUCGGAAACUUGCGCAAGGUACCCUGGGAGUAGAGGUCAUUAUCAGACUGAUGCGCUGACAUUUGCUGAGUGGGGGAUAGACCUGUUGAAGUUUGAUGGAUGUAAUAUUAAACCAGAGGACUUUGCGGAAGGUUACAGUGAAAUGGGAUUUUACCUGAACAAGACGGGUCGGCCAAUCCUGUACUCGUGUGAGUGGGCGAUAGGCGACAUCAUGCACGGCCGGAAGGCCAACUAUACUGCAGUGAUGGAGAUUUGUAAUACGUGUAGGAAUGCCAUUGACCUCAACGAUCAGUGGGAAAGUAUCGUCAGGAUCUUCAACGUCUACGCCAAAGACGUCGGCAACUUCAGCAAAAUAGCCGGGCCCGGGGGCUGGAAUGACCCGGAUGAGCUAGUGAUAGGCGACUUCUCACUCAGCCCUGACCAGGAACGAACACAGAUGGCGCUGUGGUCGAUGUGGGCAGCGCCACUGCUCAUGUCUGUAGACCUACGUAACAUCCGGCCGGAGUCAAAGAAUCUCCUUCUCAACAAAGGACUGAUUGCUGUCAACCAGGACCCGCUUGGAGUCCCGGGAUCUGUUAGAAUGACGAUUGACCAGUUUUCUAUUUGGACUCGGCCUGUCAUCCCCAAAGGAAGCGUUGCCACAGUUUUCUUUAACCAGCAGACUGGUGGUACUCCGCGGAAUAUCUCAGUGCCAAUGUACCUCCUCGUAGAUGGCACGGCAUCUCACUACCUCAUCACUGAUACAUUCACAGGGUCUAAACUAGCAAGGCUGGCGUAUUUGCAGUCCUUGACAGUGCGUGUUAAUCCGACUGGUGUUGCCAUGGUAAAGAUGACCCCAGCGUGAUGAUUUUGGGAGAAGGAUUACACCACGAUUGUAUGUCCCAGAUUGAUCUGCAAUAGACACGUCAUCAAGACUGUCCCACUGAGACCUGACUCAGUUUUUAUAAGCAUUUCUCCUGUCUGUAGUUAUAUAGAUGUAUAUGUAUAUACUCUGAAGGAUGCUGUGUCAUCAUUUGAAACACUGACUGUUGUUUCAUGCCAAUCUAUGCUCAAGUAGACGAUGGCUACGUGAUAGUGUUGUUACAUUCAAGUCUAUUGUAACAUAGGCUUUGACUAUUUACACGCCAAUCCAUUGUUUAAACGUUAAUUAUAUCGUUGUGGCUGUGGCUGUAGUUGUGGCUGUAGCUGUGGUUAUUGCUGUGGCUGUGGCUGUGGCUGUGACUGUAGCUGUGGCUAUUGCUGUGGUUGUGGCUGUGACUGUAGCUGUGGCUAUUGCUGUGGUAAUGGCUGUGACUGUAGCUGUGGCUAUUACUGUGGUUGUGGUUAUGGCUGUGACUAGCUGUGGCUAUUGCUGUAGUUAUGGCUGUGACUGUAGCUGUGGCUGUGGUUAUGGCUGUGACUGUAGCUGUGGCUAUUGCUGUGGCUGUGGUUAUGGCUGUGACUGUAGCUGUGGCUAUUACUGUGGCUGUGGUUAUGGCUGUGACUAGCUGUGGCUGUGGUUAUGGCUGUGACUGUAGCUGUGGCUAUUACUGUGGCUGUGGUUAUGGCUGUGACUAGCUGUGGCUGUGGUUAUGGCUGUGACUGUAGCUGUGGCUAUUACUGUGGCUGUGGUUAUGGCUGUGACUGUAGCUGUGGCUGUGGUUACUGUUGUGGCUGUGGCUGUGACUACUACAUGUACAUAUUUAGCAGAGUGCAUACUUUUUAUUGCUUUUCUCCUUAACGAUGUUUGUUUGUUGCUUAACGCCGCGCUGUAAUAAGUGAAUUACUUUCUAAAUAGUUGGUUGGUUUGUUGUUUUACGCCGCUCUCAGCAAUAUUCCAGCUAUAUGAAGGCGUUCUGUUAAUAAUCGAUUCUGGACCAGACAAUCUAGUGAUUGACAUCAUGAGCAUCGAUCUACACACUUGGGUACGAUGACAUGUAUCAACCCAGUCACGGAGCCUUACGACGAAGACCAAUUCUAACCCAGAUCUUCACAGGUCCAUAACAAUAUAUAACCAUUUUCAAGACAAGCGUCAGUCCUGACCACGUUUAUACGGAGGGAAACCUCACCUUCCGAAUGGGUACCCUUGGGACUACUCACAUGUAUAUAAAGUAAAAGUAUAGGGCUCCAGCAACCUGAACGGCGGCGGUCCCAUUGAUUUGUUUAUUUGUUUUGUUUGUUUGUUGUUUAACGCCGCACUCAGCAAUAUUCCAGCUAAAUGAGGGCGAUCUGUAAAUAAUCCAGCCUGGACCAGAUUGACAUUUGAACUACCACCCGCGCCGUCAGACCACCAUCAACCAAGUCGAUCCUGACAAUCCUUUUGACCGCCUUUAAGGGGGAGUACGGUUUGAUGGGGAUCAUUUCUAGCCCAGAAACCCCCCAUGUUGUUAAAAUGACGUUAUUGCAGUGACAACGAACUGUGUACUGAGUUUACUUGUAACAUGUUUCUAAACAAUGCCAACAAAUUAUAUAUCAUUUUUUGGCAUUCACUGGAAUUGGGAGCUGCUAGGGUAUUGAUGCACCGAUGUAUUGUGUAGUUGUAUAGGAGUGUGUUUUUUACAUUAAAUACAUUCUCUAUGAAAAUGUAA